UGGGUAUUGGUACAUGUUUUCAAGUUUUAUUUCUAAUUUGUGAUCGUUAACAUGUAUUUAUAACAAAUAUCUCCAGUUGAAAAUGAGUGAAGGUGAUAUAUUAUGUGAAUAUGAGUCGCCACAUGCAGUACGGAACCCAUCUCCACCUCCAGAGUUGGAGCAAAAGGGCCAGAAUAUCUUUGAUGACAGCAUUGACAACACAGCAUUCAGCAAGCAUUGGCUUUUCACCACUCUGAUGAAGCUGAUCCAGGAAGUGGACAAAGAAACCGAAAACAAGGAAGAAACUGAGUUCGGGGUCGAUAUUGAUGAUGAACUCCAAAAUGAGCUUUGUCGACUUUGGGACAUGGCAAUGAAUCCUGAUGUUGCUAAAUUUCUGCAAGAAUUUAGAGCAGUGGAAAUAUUGUCUGGGGUCAUUGGAAAGUCGAAGGCUCCAAGAGUCACAGAAAUCUGUGUUGGUAUUCUCGGAAACAUGGCAUGUGAUGACGACAUCUGCAUAACAAUGUCUGAAAACAAAAAACUGAUCCAGAUGACCAUUUUGUUGCUGGAAAGUCCAGAUCCCCCAACACUUGUGGAAACAACAAGACUUUUGUACACCUGUCUGUCUAACUCCACGGCACGGAACUCUUGGCUGGCGGCGAUAAAACAGUCUGAGCGUCUUCACGAGAACGUGCUUUUCAUUCUACACAGUUCAACGAAUUGUGACUUGUUGAAGAACACAGCUGAGUUUCUGGACACGGUACUGGAUGAGGAUGAGGAGUUGUGUCUGUCAUGGACGUCACAGGAAUUUGUCGUGUCUUUACUCGAGGCUGUCAAACAAAUUGGAUACAGCCACAGUGAUGUGCUGGAGACAUUUCUUCACAUUUUUCAGCUCCUUUCAACUUCAGAGAAAGGUGUCCAAGCUCUAGUGUUGUGUUCUGAUGAUGUUCUGGUUCCACUGCUCAAGUAUCUGAUGAGCAUGUGUGAGUAUGAGAUUGUUGGACUGGAUGGGCGCGAGGGUUGUCUCUCUUCAGCCAUUUCCGUUGUCAACGUUCUGCUGACCUCGUCCCAUGAUGCAGCUGACAAGUUAACAUCAGAACCAGAUUUUAUUCGCUGCUUGCUAAAGAUUCUGGAGCCAGCGUUUGAGCAGCUGCACGAAGAACUCCAGGACAUUUAUAGAGAACCUAACAAAGUGGCUGUGUCAGACGGAAACUGUGAGAAUGGUGACUCAUUGAAAGAGGACACAUUCCGGGUUACAGUGGUCCCCAGUUCUAGUGAAGCUGUUGAAGGAGAUGAGAAGAAACCCGACAACACCGCAACAGACAAGACGGGUGAUGAGAUAGACAGGAAGCGGAUAAACACGUUGUGCAAUGUCCUCCGUGUUUGUCUGUCGGACUUCAUCCUGGCUCUGGAAACAGAUGCAGCCGAUUCCGAUAGCAGUGAGCCGCUGUUUGUCCCUGUGCUGAAAUACCUCAACAACUCGUGCAGCAGACAGCGCAUCACCUACAUGCUGCAGCUGCUCGGGGACGGUGACUUCGAGUCGUCCGUCCAGAACCUCAAACUGCUAGCUGACAAAUACAGUCAGACGAGACUCACUGGCAUCAUCGCCAACUACCUCAGUGGAGUUCGGUUAGAGAGGUCAAAUUCAUUGAUUCAAGAUGUCACAUAACGAUUGGUUGAUGCUGAAGAUGUCACAUUGUGAUUGGUUGAUGCUGAAGAUGUCACAUUGUGAUUGGUUAAUACUGAAGAUGUCACAUGGCGAUUGGUUCAUGCUGAAGAUGUCACAUGGCGAUUGGUUCAUGCUGAAAAUGUCACAUAGUGAUUGGUUCAUGCUGAAGAUGUCACAUAGUGAUUGGUUUAUGCUGAAAAUGUCACAUAGCAGAGAAUAUUUUGUUUUCAAAAUUUUCAUUAGCAAUAUUUCCAGUCAACUGACAAUUGAUUAGUAACUACUGUUUAAUGUUUUAAAAUUGGGUAGCGAUCUCUGAAAUUUGCAUAGCGUGAAGCGAUACUGAACAAAAUGUUCCCUGCAUAGUGAUUGGUGGAUGCUGAAAAUAUUAUUGUGAUUGGUAUAUGCAACAGAAUGUCACAUAGUGAUUGGUGGUUGCUGAUAAUUCUGAAAAAGGAACACAGAACCUGUGGUCAUAUAGUUAUUGGCAAUAUAAGAAAACACAAAAAGGAACUGUUCAUAUUAUGCAGUGGUUGAUACAUGAAAAAACACAAAAAUUGAUUGGUCAUAAUUAUAGUUAUAAGUCACUGUGAUUGCUAAAAACAGUACAGAUGAGACAUGAAGUCAUUUAAAGAAAAUGUAUGUGGAUCAUGUUGGGGCACCUGUUGGUUGGAAAUGUUUUAAACAUACAAACAUCUGAUGUACACGUAUUACAUUUUGUAAAAAAGCAUGCUAUUGCCCGUUCAUCAUCUGUUUAUUAAAGUUUAAUGAUGUUUGAUUAUAUUAGUUUAAUCACCUGGAACACUACCAUUUAACUCUUUGCCUUCUGAUGCUUUUAUUACAUGUUCAAGAUUCCAGUCAUCAAUUAUAUAUCUGUGAGCCAUAAUAUGUGGCCAUUGUACUCUUAUGUACUAUCCUGUCUGUGGGAUGGUGCAUAUAAAAGAUCCCUUGCUGCUAAUCAAAAAGAGGAGCCCAUGAAGUGGCGACAGCGGGUUUCCUCUCUCAAUAUAUGUGUGGUCCUUAACCAUAUGUCUGACGCCAUAUAACUGUAAAUGAAAUGUGUUGAGUGUGUCAUUAAAUAAAACAUUUUCUUCUUCAUUGCACUCUUAUGACCACAGGCUAUCAAAAAAUACCAAAAAGAUAUGCUUAUGCACUACGGGUAGUUUGACAUCUGGGUGUAUUCACUGAACAACACCAUUUUCAGUGUAACCAGUAUAUCUCAACAGAAUAAACAGAUAUACCAAAUACUGGGUAUCUGUCAUAUUUAUUCUUUAGUAGAUAUCAAAGAAAUUUGUUGAUGCAGCAUGGAAUAUUUUAUAAAUUAGUACUGUGUUGUUCCUACCUGUUAUAUAGAGAGUAAUACAUGAGUGGCUGUUAGAUACCAUUUAUCUUACAACGAGUUGUUUUAAAAUGUAUCUAGGGCAAUUCCACGGUAACUGACACAACAUUCAGACAUUUUUUAACGUCUUGAUUUUUUUUUUUUUUAAAGUAUUCAAUAACAUUCUUAAGAAUGUUUUUGAUUGAAAUAAAUAUGUUGUGACAAAGUCAUGUCAAAAGAAAAUUUCAUUGCAUACAAUCUCAGUGCAACUACAAUCAAAAAUGAAGUGUAGGUAACUGACGCAACAAAAAAAUGUAACUUGUAUUUGACAUCUUUGAACUUGCCAAAAUUCUCUGAAUCUGAAGUAUCAAAUGUGUAGUGCACAGGUAAUCUAUGAUCACUAGAACAAGAGAACUAAGUUUUCUACAAGGAAUUUUUUUCUUAAUGGGCAACUGACAUAACACUAAAAGUAACUGACGCAACAUUUGCGAAUUGUAAAAACUAAUAAGAACAUAUUUAAAAAUAAAACAUUUGUCUUUGGCAACUGGUUCAUCUAAAUUGUAAGAAAUACAUAAAUCUUAAAGGGAAUUAAAAAAACUAACAAUAGGGGCAUGUUCAGGGUGGUGGAUUGGGGGGUGUCAAUCCCCCAUUUCCCAACCCUAUCCCUGCUCAAAGCAAAUUAUUAUUAUUUUAAUAUGCAUAUACAUGCAUUUGUUGAAUACUUGUAGAAUGCAAGAAAUUGCAUUUUAGAACAUCAGGUUCUCACAAAUACCCCCCCCCCCCCCCCCCAGUAACUUGGGCAGUUGCACCCUCGAUGCCAGCCAGUCUAAACCCCCACUCCCUUCCAAUAUUUUUUGCACACCUGCCUCAACAAUAAGAUAACAGCUUACGUUUACAUGUACAUCUUGAUUCGAAGUGUAAUGAUUAGGUUUUUUUUGCAAUUUCCAAGUAUAUAUACUGCAUUCACUUUCUUAUGACAUUACCAUAUGACUGAACCGAACCAAAUAUUUUGUAAGAAAUCGAUGGGAAUAAGGCAGAUAUUGUAAAUAACCCAUAUUCUUUCUUUAAAAUCUGGGGGAUUUUAUUCUCAGCAUGCUGUCCUGUCUCUCUUGUUUGAUUUCAAUAUCUUUCUCCAUUUUUCACUAUUCUCUGUUCUUUUCCCUCUCCAACCUCUUUCUGUCUUCGUCCAAAUGUGCUUGAUUCUCGUUCAUUUCCUAGGUUGCUGUCUUGGGAGGUAUUCUACUAAAAACAUCAGUAACUUGGGAUAUUUUUGGGAGUAAUAAUCAAUUUAUUAAAUGAAAGGACAUUUGCUAUUUAGAAUUAUUAAAGGGGCAAUCUGAUAGUUGCAUAAUAUAUUUCCAAAAAUUAUUAUUAUUAUUUUAUUUAUCUUUUGAAAUGUAAAGAUUAUUCUUGAAUUAAGUUACGUACAUGCUCAUAAAACAUUACAACCAAAUAACUUCAUUUACAGGUAAAAAAGAAUUAUAUCAUUACAAAAUUAAUUCCAGGUGACUGACAGUUAAUUGCGUGAAAUCACAUUUUGAAUUUGAGUUGCAAUUGCACAAUGACGAAGGAUUGGCUGUUUUGUUGAAUAACUGAUGCAAACUGUUUAUGAACUUUACAAUUUUAGCUAAGAAUUCAUGGGAAACCACUGUGGCAGUACGGUGUAAUGUUGAUUUAUUUUUCUGAGUUAAUUAUGAAAGAUUAUGUAUGAAAUCGUCUAAUGUGUAGUUAUUUAUCAUAAAUAAAUGUAAAAAUAGCAAAAUAAGUGACUUGCCACUACAUGUAUGAAACUGCAAAUUUUUAAAUUUGUGUUACCGGUAAUUAUUAUUGAACAUUAUAGAUACUGUUUACAAUAAACGGUGCUGUACAUAUAUUAAUCUAAGCUAAUGAAACAAUGUCUACCUCUGCCAUCACAAACAAUACAAUAUAUCUAAUGAAACAAAUUCGAUGUGCAUCUGACGUCAAAAGCUAUACAAUAUAUAUCUUGAGGUAUAAGGGUAUAUGCAUUGAUGCUUGUGAAACUGCUAUCAUCUACAUACAUGUAUCUAUUUAAAAACAGUGUCAACUUAGUCAUGAUUAUUUUAUUUUAGUGAAAUAGACAUCUUUAGAUUAACUUCUAAGGAGUGACAGUAUUUGCAGUUCUUAAAAACUAUUUUUUUUAAAUAGUUUUACACAGAUGUGAUAAUAAAGAAAUUAUAAAACUUGCAACGGUCAAGAAAAUUCUUAAA